AUGUCUCCCCUUCUGUUUGUGCUUAUUAUGGAGUAUUUGACUAGGAGCCUUCAACAUGCUGCUCAGAUUUCUAAAUUCAGAUAUCACCCCAUGUGUAAGAGCCUUAAGCUUCUCAAUUUGUGCUUUGCUGAUGAUUUGAUUCUUUUUUGUAAAAGAACUCGUUCGGAUGUUACCAUUUUUAAAGAGGUCCUAGUGAAGUUUAAUGCUGCUACUGGUCUCUCUAUAAAUGCUAAUAAGUCUCAUAUUUACUUUGGAGGAGUCACUGCAACUGAAAGAAGGAUUAUUGCCCAAGAGAUUCAGUUACCUGAAGGAUCCUUUCCUCUUAGGUAUCUUGGGGUGCCUAUGAGGCCUACUAAGUGGAGACAUGAGGAUUGUGAUAUUAUUCUUCACAAAAUCAUAUUGAAACUGAUGUCUUGGACUAGUAGGCAUCUGUCCUUUGCAGGCCGAAUGCUUCUCAUUCACUCAGUUCCUUUUGGUCUUAGGAAUUACUGGAUGAGUGUCUUUGUCUUACCUCAGAGCAUUAUUAAGGAGGUUGAGAAGAUUUGCCGAGGAUUUCUGUGGGGAGCUUCAGGGAAUAGGAUUAAGCUUCAUAUGGCUUCUUGGCAAAAGGUGUGUCUCCCUAAAGCUUAUGGUGAUCUCGGAUUUAGGGAUGGGGCUAGUUGGAAUAGAGCAAUAUUAGCUAAAUACAUCUGGGCCAUUUCAGAAAAGCAGGAUUUACUUUGGGUCAAAUGA